ACAGAGACACUGGCUCUGGGCCAAAGCACCACUUAACAGCAACAUUUAAAGUUAAAUAUGAAACACAUUUUGAGUAAAUACAGUGCACUUUUAAUGGUUUGUCAAAACUCUGAAUUGUUGUUUUACAAAUGGACAUUUGUCUCCAUUAUUACAUGUACACCAGACUGGAGCUGCGUAACAAACUGUAAUCAUCCUGGUCUUAUUCUCAGCAGGACCAGUGCCUGCUCUCACCAAUUUGGUUCCUGAUCAAUAUUUCACCCCUGCCCCCUCCCCCCCCUUCAGUGCAGUACACUUCCCCCGUCCGUGUACAUUCACUCACAAAAAAACUCAAUAAUUUGUCUUAGACAUUUGCUAACUACAGUGCAAAAAACAAGUGGCGCACAAAUGGUUUGUGAGUCAAAACAAAUGACCGUGAAAUGAGUUCUGUUGGCCUAGGCUGUCCUGAGGUGGGGGUGGACGACUGGAGGUGUUGUUGAGCUGAGGUGGAUGAUAUAGGUGUCGAAAUUGAAGGGGGAGGGGUGAUUAACAUAAUAAUUACUCACUACAAUAUAGAGCGUUAGCCAACAAAACUACUUUGAUAUACAGUAUAAAAAAAGGUAGGAGAGGAGCAACGUUAGCUUGAUGUAUGUGUAUAUGUAGGUGUUAAGAAAUAACAAAUAAAACGGGGUUGAAUGCAAGCUGUUGACUCUUGAAAAAAAAAUGAAAUAAAAGUUGCUUAAAUAAAUGUGUUGUUAUGCUUGUUCAAUCCAUGGGUUCGUUAUUUUACAUGUCUUUGAAUGUAAAAGCGAUGAAAUAAUCAUACAUCGUUUUCAACAAUUUCAGAGGCAACAGUGCCACCUGGCGAUAUUUUACAGUUGCUGCAGCCAAACAGUUGAAGUCUGUUGAAGGGGCAGGGGUGCGUUGUAUGUUAAACGAGACGAUGUCAAUAUACAUUUUCAACAAUGUAUUCAACAAUUACUCACAUUACCCAUUUAAUUUUAUAUAACAUUUUUUAGACCGGCAAAAUGAACACCGGAAGUUAAAAUUUAACAAUUCUCCAUUUAUAAUCCGUUAUCAUCCAUUUUUUAAAAAUAACUUUUUUACUACGUGUCCGUUACACCCUUUAUUCUCUUGUUAAAAUCUCUAUUUCCUUUGUUUUAUUGGCGUUUUUUCCGCUUCGGCACAUUUUGAUCCACGCCGAACACCGUACAGUCCAUAGCUUAUGACGUCACCGUGUGGUUUGUUGUGUUCUUCACACUGACUAAACUGAACUCUGUUGGACUUUUAGCUGAUUUUCUUUAUCAGAAUAUGGAGUGAACUAUCCCUCUUAGUCACCAACAAAACUGGAUUUUAUUCUAAAUACACAGGAUUGAGAUAUGCUCCGAUGCAGGAAGUGUCGCAAAGCAGUGGCUGACUCUACCUAUUUAAUCAUGACCCACAUGGAUGUCAGAGAAGAAGAUUCAGUGUGCAGUAUUUGGCAUGUGAAUGUGGACGAGCUGCCCGACUGGAUCUUGAGCUCAGUCCAGCAGCACUUUAGUUUCAGACUUUUUCAGGCCCAGUGGACUUCAGGAAAACUGAGCUGCAACAAAUGUGGAGCUCGACUGGGCGGCUUUAACUUCAUCCACCGCAGUAAAUGUCCUUGUGGCCAAGAAGCCAGUGUCCACUUCAACAAAAGCAGAGUAGAUAAUGAACUGUUGGACAAACAUCUGGUCAUCCAGCCAAGAAGACCAAGACCUGUAUUGGGUCAAUCUGUUGCUCUGCUAUUGGUCAACUCAGAGGACAACCAUCUGGACCCUGUGGACACCUCCACUCCACAGACUGAAGGUUUGACGGUCCUGGACAGUCAAAAGAUACAUUUUGAUGGUGAAACCUCAGGUGAUGCUGCAGCUCCAGUCUGUUCAUCUGUUUCCAGGAGAAGGCAACUGUUCCGGGAGCCAAAGCCCCUGGUCCUGGAGGGGGCUUCAGAGACCAGUUCUGCCCGAGACCAGUACUGUUUGUUACCUUCACAGCCUCACACCUCCACAGUCACGACCUCUAGUGGCUCAGUCAGGCACAGCAAGAGAGAGAUGAACCAACAGAAGAAGCUACAAAGGAAACAGAAGAAGAGAGAGCAGUGGCUGCUCAGGCAGCAGCAGACAGAAACAGACAGUGAAGAUGAUAAAGACAGAGAAGGUCUCAUCUGUCCUGUCUGUCUGGACGUCUUCUUCCGUCCACACAGCUGCAAACCCUGUGGCCACGUCUUCUGCGAACCGUGUCUCCGCAGGGUCGCAAAAAACCGAGCCAGGUCUACACCCUGUCCUCUGUGUCGCAGUAUUAUCUCGUACACUGACGUCAAUAAAGAUCUCAACCAAACUGCAAUGACCUCCUUCCCUAAACUUUACAACUCUCGCAGAAACAGCUUACACAACACACAGUGCUCCAAAUGGAUGCUGCCCAGAUCCAGGGGUUUUCAGAGGCUUGCAGCUGCAUCACACCCGGAUGACCUGCCUGGCAUUCUGGAUAUCAGCACCUGGAUUGUGGCUCUGAUGUUUCUGGUUCUCUUCAUCUUCAUUAUUUGAAAAAGACAAAUCCCCUUUGUACAGAUUCCUAAUACGCGUUUUCUCUGGAAAAAACUUGGUGUUGGUUUUUUAGAAACUAUUUCACAAAUUAAUCAUUCAGGCUGAUGCACAUGAUUUUUUUUGUCAAUUCAAAAUAAUAAUAAAAAAGCAUAUCCUUU